UGGCAAUAUAUAUACCUGUUAGUGAUGGUUAAUGUAAUGCUUCCAUUUCUACUCCACUAUAUUGUAUUAGUGAAUUGUGAAAUGACUUCUAUAAUGAUCUCAUCCCAUACCCUGUCUUACUCCGAAUACUCGGUGAUCUAUCCAGUUCGGCCGAAAAGCUACAGGAUCAAGCUCCUAAUAUAUCAGAUUCCUUGUGAACAGGGAUACCACCGUAUCGAUAAAAUAUCACCUCUCUAGCCCUCUUGGUCGGAACCUUUGUCAUACACUAGAAUUUCUAUAUCCUCGCUUCUAUUCGGCUAUACAUACGAUAUUAAAUCAAGCACGUCAACACCGUUUACGUGAUAAAUACGUAGGUAGCUCGCUCUUUACCGCGGAAUUGUUUCCGGUCGAUACUCCAUUAGAGCAGGCUACGUAGCGGUUAGAGUAGUGCUCAAUUUAUAAGCGCGGAGAUAGGAC